UGUGUGUGUGUGUGUGUGUGUGUGUGUGUGUGUGUGUGUGUGUGUGUGUGUGUGGGAGGGGGAGGGGUAUGAAGACAGAACCAGGUCUGAGUCUGUCCCUGAGUCCAGGUCCAGAAUCAGGGACUUGACAGCACCGACCCGGUCUGGGCGUGCUCUGGUUCUGAUGGACACGGAGACGAGGGCAGGACUCCGGCUGGGCCAGUGAUCCAGAUGUCUUCUGUGUUUGGACUCUUCUGCAGCUGGAUAGCAGCGAGUCAGCUUGACUGUAAAUCUGGACCAGAACCAGAACCUUCCAGCGCGUUGCCUUGGACUCACGAGGAGCCGCUGUAAUCUGAAGGAUUUACGGCUGAAGCCAGAACGAUAAACUAGAAUUUAUUAAGUUGUAAACUUAAUCUUCUUUAUGGGUUUCUUCAUCUCAGAUGGAGUAGACAGCCAGGUCCAGUUAGAGACCUGAUAACAGAACCGGGUCGUUCUGUUUGCUUCUCAUCAGGAAUGCAGUCACACCUUCCCAUGUUUGUACAAACCAUCCUCGCUGGGGUCAAAGGUCACGGGUCUCAGCCUGCUUCCAUCUGGAGGAGCUCGCCAGCGCUGCUUCCUUUUAGUUCAUCAGGCUGGACCAGGACCUGGGUCAGAACCUGGGCCAGGACCAGAACUUAGUUUGCUCCUCGGCUCACGGCCGUGUUGCCCAGAAGCUGCUGACUGACCUGUUCUCCAGCUACACCAACGCCCUGCGGCCGGUGGAGGACACCAACCACAUCAUCAACGUGACGUUGCAGAUCACCCUCUCUCAGAUCAUCGACAUGGAUGAGCGGAACCAGAUCUUGACCACCUACUUGUGGAUCCGCCAGGUGUGGAUGGACGCCUACCUGACGUGGAAGAAGGAGGACUAUGAUGGGCUGGACACCAUCCGGAUCCCCAGCAGCUACGUCUGGAGGCCGGACAUCGUCCUGUACAACAGCGCUGAUGAUCAGUUCUCCAGCUCCAUGGAGACCAACGUGGUCCUCCGUAGUGAUGGACAGGUCACAUGGGACCAGCCGGCCAUAACCAAAAGCUCCUGCUCUGUAGACGUGGCCUUCUUCCCCUUUGAUGUGCAACAAUGUCACCUGACCUUUGGCUCUUGGACUCACAACGGGAACCAGAUGGACCUCAUCAAUUCUUUGGACAGUGCAGAUCUGGCCGACUUUGUUCCUAACGUGGAGUGGGAGCAGGUUCUUGGCAUGCCGUCCAAGAGGAACGUCAUCUUGUACGGCUGCUGUUCGGAGCCGUACCCGGACAUCACCUUCACCCUUCACCUGAAGAGACGGGCAUCCUUCUACAUCUUCAACCUCCUCCUCCCCUGCAUGAUGAUCUCCUUUCUGGCUCCGCUGGGCUUCUACCUGCCGGCUGACUCAGGUGAAAAGGUUUCUCUCGGAGUGACGGUUCUUCUUGCUCUCACUGUGUUCCAGCUGCUGGUGGCGGAGAGCAUGCCCCCCUCCGAGAGCGUCCCACUCAUCGGUAAAUACUACAUCGCCACGAUGACAAUGGUUACCACAUCAACAGCGCUCACCAUCUUCAUCAUGAACAUCCAUCACUGUGGUCCCGAGGCCCGUCCAGUCCCCCGGUGGGCCCAUCGCUUGGUCCUGAACUUCCUGGCCAGAAUGUGUUUCCUCGGUGAUGUCGGCGAGGGCUUCCUCAAAGGAGCCGCUCCCAAGAAACAGCCUCUGUCCCUGGAGGAAUCUGGUGGUCCCCCAUCCUGGGACAGGAGAGGACAAAUGGGGUGGGGAAAGGUGGCUGAAGAUGGGGUGGGGGACUCUGCGAGAGUGGAGAAGGACCUGAAGGAGGAUCUUGUCACCAUCAACCACUCUGAAGAGAAAGAAGCUGCUGGAGAACGAGGGGAGGUGGAGAUGUCAAAUGUUGGUAGCUCAGGAGGAGAGCAUGUGGAGCACAAGAAGGGUGUAGGGGGUGGAGACAUGCAGAGCAACAAGGAGGUCUUGGUCAGAAGCCAGUGUGUGUGCCAGCACCAACAGCUGCAGAAGAACAUCCAGUUGAUCUCCAGCUCGUAUCAGGACCAGCGAGCAGCGCAGGUCCAAAUCGGAGAAUGGAGGAAGAUGGCCAAGGUGAUGGAUCGCUUCUUCAUGUGGCUCUUCUUCAUCAUGUUCUUCUUCAUGAGCAUCCUGAUCCUAGGAAAAGCCGCCUGAUGGAGCUCUGAGCUCCAACUGUGCAGUUGACCUGGACUUAGCCCUGAGUUACGCCGGCGGACACUGUGCCACUUUUUCACUUUUCAGAGGCGAUUUACUCCUCGUGUGAGAAUCUACAAGAUCGGGGAGCGUUUAGCACUGAGCGUGGUGGUGGUGGUGGUGAUGGUGGUGGGGGUGGUACGAGAGGCCAUUAACACCAGACCAGCUACCGAUGAGCCAUUGUGAAGUUAUCGCACUGUUGAAGCGGUGCUGUGACCCAAAACGCACCAGAACCGCUCUCAGCUCUCCAGCUGGUUCCCUCUCAACACAUCGUUGUUUUAUUUGGACACUUUGUCACACGAUGACAAAGAUGGUCCAGAAAGUGUUAACUGAAUCUAGUAAAACCCACCUGCAGCACCCCGAAGGGCUACAGACGUCAACAACACAAACAAGUCCAGCAUGUUCUGUAAAACUGCUAUCUGCAGCAUGUUACUCGUGAGAUCUGCUCUGUGGGGAGUCGAACGGCUUGAGCUGAAGCUGAACGCGUCGAGUGAAAAAGUCACAGUGUCCACCGGCUUUAAAGACCCGGUUUGGUUCCUGACAGGAGGCACUCCGAUCUCCAAACACAUCUUCAUCAGGUUAAAACCACGAGCAGCAAUCAGCUGAUUCAUCAAGCCAGAUUUGUAAUUAAAUGAAUUAAAUAAUAGAAAAGCUAAACUGUUCUGGGACACCAGGGUCUGGGGAUGCUGGAGGUGUUUCAGAGUCCAGGUUCUAGACCAAGAGGUUCUGUCCGUCUCUACGGUCCAACUGCAGGAAUCAUGAAUAAAGUCAGAGUCUGACCAACA